UUUCUUUUCUUUUCUUUUCUUUUCGUUUCGUUUCGUUUCGUUUCAAAGUUUCAACUAAUUUUUCUUUUCUUCUGGCUUGGGGGAAAGUCGCAAGCAAUGAAUGCCAUACUCUUCGGUGAUGGAUGAUAUUACAUGAGCGACAAAGUUUCCAUAGAUUCCUAGAGUAAAGCCGAUAUAAGCAAAUAUAUAUUCCUUUUGAUAGCCUUCGAGGAUUCCAAAUGUAUAGGCGUCCAAAGCAUUCACCAUGUACGGCAAAAUCAAGACAUUCCAGUGAGGGAAGGAAGAUUCGGUCACAUGGGAGACGAUGAUGAUACCAACAGAAUAGGCCAAAAUCAUGGCAUUCAAUAAAUAAACUGUAACAAAUUGCUCUUCAAACAGGUUGGGGUAUUUGGCAUAGAGCAAAAAAACGGCAGCCCAUUGUGCCAAAUAGGGAGAAAGUCCCAACAAGCCCUUGCAAACGCUCUUCUUUUCCUCUUUCAAUACACGUGCAGCAUUUUGAAUACUUUGGAAUACAUUCAAAAACAAACCAACGCUCAUUAGGUAAAACAUGCAAGAGCCAUAUGUGUAGUAGGGAAUCAUAGAACGAAUGGUGCCAAAGGAUUCUGGGGUGGGAUGAAGUUUUGUCCAAAAUACACCACCGGUAUAUGCAGUUAUACCAAACAAUACACAAACCACAAGAAUGCCUUCCACCGGACCAGAAAAGUAAGACAAAUACAAGACGCCUGUAUGGUAUUCCUCCCAUGUAGAAGCGUAAAAGUAUAACAAGCAAGCACAUUGAGUAAAGAUAGUCAAGGGAAUACUCAUUUGAAAUAGUUCUGUGGUUAGCCAAACUUCCAAACUUGUGUUGAUGGCAUCCACGCCAUGGUCAAAUAGUUGACCAAGUGGAGACGAACUGUUGGUUCGACGUGCCUGUGAUCCAUCAAUUGCAUCAAAACUUUGAUACAAAAACAAUCCUACAGCCCAAGACGCGUAUACCCACCCGGGGUAUCCGUCCGUUUCAUAUCCAUACUUAUACACGAGCAUGGUUAUGACAUUCACGGUGACAAAUCCCAAUCCAGUCAAGGUAAUCAAAUUCGGCCUAAAGUCGUUAGCAUCGCCUUUCUACACACAAUUAACCAUACGCCAUCCACAUUGGGAUCACCUUGAGCAAUUGGCUCCACCAGUACGGCUUCAAAACAUGUCUAGAUAAUAAAGAAUUAUCAACACCCGCGUAUUGAUAUUUAUGAAGACUUUUCAACUGUUGCUUGUUUAAAUGCAUGUUAAAAACACGCUCUUUAGUGAGUCGAUGCAAAGGAACGAGUGUUUUGUAAAAACCAAGAGGUUUUCACACUUCACAAAAAGGGUCGAAACUUUCCUUUAAUCAUCUAUGCCCAAAAAAUGGUUCAAUUAUUUUUGAUUUUUUUUUUUCAUUUUUCUUUCAACUCAAAUACCAAACUUUCAUUUUGGUCUGUCGUAACGCACCUGGCCUCAGCCUUUAGGCCAUGGGCAUUCAACGAACUUCCUAUUACCACGCGUCCACUUCCUACUUAUAUCAGCACUGUUCAUACAUCAUACGUUUAAUUUUCGUUUCUAAUCGUUUUCUCGUGAUUAUUUGAAGGUUUUAAAAUUAUUUUGGGGCUCGGGUUCGGUUUAUCUAUUUUCAUAUUUAAAUAUAUCCAAAAUCUACCAUUUUUACCGUGGCAAUGACCUCUGUUGCUGGAACACCUCCUUCCGAUCAAAAUAAUUUACAAAAAGAUGGCGUCUUAGGUCUUCCAACCAAUUUGAUUCUUCCUCCUCCGGAAAUCAGAGAAAUCAUUGACAAAUCCGCCGGCUACGUCGCUAGAAAUGGGCUUGCGUUUGAAGAAAAGAUUCGCCAAAAUGAGAUAAAAAAUCCAAAGUUUUCCUUUUUACAAGUGGACGAUCCUUAUUACAAGUACUAUCAGCACAAACUUCAAGAGGCUAGACAAGGAAAACUAAAAGCAACUGCAGGAGUUGGACAAGGAGCUGCAAAUUUGGCGCGGCCCAUCACUAAAUCCAUUGAAAGCGCACCUCCCGCACCUCCUCCGUAUUUGUUUUCAGAACCCUUGCCUUCUGUAUCAGCGCAAGACUUAAACGUACUCCGACUAACAGCUCGCUACGCAGCUAUUCGAGGACCUACCUUCAUUGCUAAACUUUCACAAAAGGAAUGGGGAAAUACGCAAUUUGAUUUUUUACAUCAAAACCAUGCUCUCUAUCCUUAUUUUACGCGCAUAGUACAACAAUACGCUUCUUUAGUAAAAAAUACUCUUCCGCCUUUUGAACCCUUACUUCGUCAAAACAUUCAGGAUCCCUACAGCGUUCUUUCACGGAUACAACCCAGAGUUGAGUGGCAGAAAUACCAAGAAACUCAAAAGGCGAAACGUAAAGAAGAACAAGAGAGGGAAAAAAUUGAAUACGCACAAAUUGACUGGAACGAUUUCGCAGUGGUUGAGGUCAUCCAAUUCACUGGAGCAGAUGAAACAACCAAGCUCUCAAAACCGACAAAUCUUGCUGAUUUGCAAACCGCAACGUUAGAGCAAAAGUCCGCAAUGUUCACUAUGCCCGAUAUGAACUACUCUAUUGAAGAAGCUCCUCCCACAUCAGCUGCUUGGGAACCUUUGAAUGCACCCGCCAAAGCAGAAUUUGGUGUCGCUAUGCCUUCUUCCUUACCUUCACAAAGAACAUCCGCAGAAACCUCUCCAUCACCAGCUACACAACCUUCGGCUAUGGGUGCACCCCCACCUCUUCGUUCUGCAAAACCCACUAAGUCUGUUCCUAAAGCAUUUCAACGGCAUGUACCUAUGGAGCGUAGUCCAUUUACUGGUGAAAUGAUUCCGGCAAGUGAAAUGGGUGAACAUAUGCGAGUUCAUUUAUUAGACCCCCGCUGGCGUGAGCAACGUAAAAUUGAAGAGUCACGAAGAUCCACAUUGAACCUAGAAAACGUUGAUGUUGCUGCAAACAUGAAACGACUAGUCAGUAACCGGACUGAUAUUUUCGAUGUACAUAAUGGCAUAGAGAUUACGCCCGAAGAGGUAGAACGAAGAAAACGCGCAGCUACACAAAGUUCAUUUGGUGCUGCUCCUCCUCCAAAUAAACGUCGUUGAUUUACAGAAAAGGAUAUAUAUAAUGUAUUUUUAGUUAAUGAUAACUUAGCAAUUGCAAUCGCUCGUAUAGUACUACGACUCCUUUUUCAUCAGUUUUCUUAUUCUUUACUCAAUGUCUUACUUUUUCUAUAUGUGUAUGUAUGUGGAAUUAUCGCGUAUGUCACAGGCGCACUGCUAUGUGUUGUAUGCUUACAUUUGACUCAUCCCAUCAAGUCUAUCAAUUAAUUUCAAAGAAGUUUUUUUUUUUUA